UUUCGUCGGGUGCACGGAAAAUCUAUCUUAUCGCCUCUGCUUGCUUGCUGGUGCCCUGCCCAUCCUGAAAGACACAGCGCCGCUGCCCCUGCCGCUCUCGUCUCGUCUCGUCAGGUCCCCAGCCGCCCAUCGUCUCCCUCGGCCAAGCCAACCGCGUCGCGUCAUCUUAUCUCUCUCUCUCUCCCAUCAUUUCAUCUGAUCCAUCGUCUCAUCUCCUAUCCCCUUUCCCUUCUCUCUCCCCCAUCCUCCGCUCCGCCUGCCCAUGCCCGUGCUCCUGCCUUCUCGCACGAUUCUCCACCAAGGCCGAGGCCAAGGCGACUGCACCUCUUCCGCCGGAGGAGGAAGAACGGCGACAGAGCGUUCCGGUGAUCGGUCCUGAUCGGAGAAACAGAGCGCCGAUUCCAAAUAAAGCUUCGUCCUUGGGGGCGACUUCCAUGCAUGGACGGCAAGGAACUCAUCUCACCGUCCGACCUGCAGUCAUUCUACCAGCACCAGCAGCAGCAGCAGCAGCACAGGGCCGCGCUCGCCGCCGGCGGCGGCGCUCAUAGCCCGUCCUCGCUGGCCGGGAUGCACUCCGUCAUCCGCCCCAUGCCCAACAUGAACAUGAGCGCCACCGCUAUCCUCAACUCCAUCGGCGGGGGCUCCCUCGCCGGCAUGCAGUUCCAGAUGGACACCGCGCCGCCGCCAUUGAUGCACAACAGCACAACCAUGGCCUCCGUCUCCGCCUCCGCCUCAGGCACCGUCCCGCCCGCCCCGGCCCCCGCCGAGCCCGUCAAGCGCAAGAGAGGGAGGCCGCGCAAGUACGGGCCCGACGGCACCAUCAAGGCGGCUGCCUCCGCGGCGCAGCAGCAGCACCACCAACUCGUCAGCGCGCCGCCGAGGAUGGGCUCGUCCAUGUCAGGACCCGACAUGCUGCAGGGCGUGAUGGACGACCCGGCGCACAAGAAGCGCCGUGGGAGGCCGCCGGGCACCGGGAAGAAGCAGCACACGUCGCCCUCCGUAGGGAAUGCGUUCGCUGGUUCAGCUGGAACGAGCUUCACUCCGCACAUCAUCACGGUAUCUCCUUCAGAGGACGUGGCGGCGAAGAUCGCUGCCUUUGCGAACCAGUCUUCAAGGGCGGUGUGCGUCCUCUCGGCGACGGGGUCCGUGUCCAGGGUCGUGCUGCGCCACCCGGGCGACGCCUCCCCCAUGACAAGGGUUCACUCGUCGCCGCCUUACAAGAACCCGGCCAUCUACGAGGGUUUCUAUGAGAUCCUAAGCCUAACCGGCUCUUACAACCUGGCCGAGGGCUCACAGCAGGGCCAGCAGCAAAGUGGUGGCCUCAGCGUCACGCUCUGCAGUCCGGAGAGGAAUGUGAUUGGAGGUGUUUUGGGUGGACAACUGGUAGCUGCAAGUACCGUGCAGGUUGUAUUGGGGAGCUUUCACCAGGGAGGGUCGAGAUCCAAGUCGAAGAAAGCGGCGAAGCAGGCGGCCUUCAGCCCGGACUCGCUCACCGGCGGGCAAGAGGCGUCCCCCAGCUCCGGCCACAACCAACAAAAUCUAACGCCACCCUCCUCCGUAACAGGAACAGGAGGGUGGCCCACCUCCGGGAUAUUUGACACCAGAAGUUCCAGCAUUGAUAUCAACUCAUCUAGAGGCUAGCUCAUUUGUCGAUAAUUCCAGUUCCCUCUCGUCUCGUCUCGUCUCGCCAGAAUUUUCUGUUUGCACAAGAAUACCCAAACCAUACUUCGAAAUAGCUUGUUCGGUUUUUUAAAGUGUUAUAGAAUUCAAUUCACUAGGCGUCGCUCAAAUGUUCUUGCUUAUUCGAAUCCGAAGAUCCCCUUCUUCCUUGUAUGA